AUGAUGGCCUUAGUUCCCACAUCGAAUCGUAAUAGUAAUGGUGACAAUCCAAAUGCGGAGAAAGUGUGCGAUAUUCUUCAAGAAAUUCGUGAUGAAUUUCAUACACUUAAAACAUACGUUUCCAGACAACCACAAGGUAAUAAUACGGACCUGAAUAAUUUAUCAGAAAUGCUUUCUCGAGUCGAACAUACUGUAAAGGAGAGAACAGAUGAUGUAUUAAAUAUGCUCAAUGGAAAUACUGUUACUACAUUAAAUUUUAAUCAAUUACGUGGUGGACGUCAAAACAUUCAAGAUGGACCGAUGUUUGAUCAAUUUAAUCAAUAUCAACAAUAUCGUGAUGGUGCUAACGGUGGUUCACGAGAAAAACUAUAUACUAGUCGUCAAAGACAUAAUGAAGGCAUGCCGAUUGUUUCCAUAGGUGCUCAACAACAACGAUUAGUAGCACCAGGUGCUGUUGCUCGUUUAGAAUAUGAAGCUAAAAUAAUGCGUAAUCCAUUUAAUAAGCGUAAUCGUCAAUUAUUACAUGAUAAUUAUGGUAUUCAAUUACCUAUUAUUGAAAAACAACAACAACGAACCCCACCAUCAAAAAAUCUUAUGUUAGGAAAAACAACUGAACCACUUGGUAUUUUACCACUUAAAAGUCGACGUAAUCCAAUUGAUUAUCCUGUUCCAUUAACAUCAGAAGAUGCUAAACGAGGAAUUAUAAGUUUAGUCGAACGUGGUAUUAUCCCACAAGGUGCACAUAUUACAUUAGAACCACCACCAAUUCAACCGAAAAAAUCAAGUCUAAACGACCCAACUUUACGAACACGAACAUAUAUUAGAGAAGAACCUAAUAUAUCUGUUUAUCAUCUUGAACCACCAAAUAUUAAACAACUUGCUAUAACUGAUAAAGCUUUAUCACCACCACCAUUAAUGGAUCAUAUAUCAAGUGGAACAUUAACUGAACCAAGUGAAAAAGAUCUAAAUCUUUUAUUAGCACAUAAUAAACCACAUGAAUCAGACAUUAUUGAAUCACGUAAAUCAUCUGCUAAUCAAACACAAAAAGGUAGUCUAAUAGCAACAAAUACUGGUGGUAUUGGUAGUCUUGUUGGUCGUCCAUUACCAACACCAGCAUCCAAUUUUGAAUAUAAAAAAACAUUUCGUUUAAUUAUACAAAAUGGUUCAACAAAAGAUCAAACAGAAGAUUUUCUACAAUUUCGACAAUUUUAUUGUUUAAUGUGGGGAAGUAUUGUAACAGUAUUUCGUAUAUUAGAAAAACUUAUGCAUGAUUAUGCUAUACCAGUUGCAUUUAUUAAUGGAGAAAAAGUUACUGAACUUGCACAAACAAUUGAAUUUGAACAUAAACCAACAUUAGAAGAACUUCUUAGUACAGUGAUUAAUCGAGAUGAAGUUGAAGAAUUAAUUAAAAAACCAGGUCGACGAUUUUUUGGUAGUGGUGGUAAAGAACGAGCAGCUAUUGCUAUUCAAUCAUAUUGGCGUUGUUUUCGUGAUCGUCGUGCUUAUAUACGUUUACGUAAACGUAAAUGGGCAGCAAGUGUUAUUGCAUUAACAUGGUUAACACAUGUUAAAUUAUCUAAAGUACGAAGACAAUUAAUAGUAAUUCGUAAUCGUCAAUUAGAUUUAUUUAAAACAAAACAAAAUGAAUUAAGACGAAAUUGGUCAUCAAUAUCAACAAAUCGUCGUGUUAUUGUUCAUAUACCAUCAUUAGGUUUAUCACAACGUAUUCGAAGAAAAUUAAAUAAUUUACCUGUAAGAGAAAAUUAUCAAAUAGGACGUUUAUGUGAUUUAUAUGAUCCAAAUGUUGAUAUUAUAUAUGUUUCACCAAUGACUAUUAAUGAUGAAAUUUUACAAUAUUAUAAUAAAUUAAUGAAUUUACGAUCAUCUGUAGAACAAAAUACUGAACAAGGAUCAUCAUCAACAUUAUCGAAUGCUAGUGAAAGAUUUAUGAUUGUUGUACCAGAAGCAUUACAUAGUUUUCCUAUGCAUAAUAUGUGUUUAGCUACUUUACUUAAAUAUAGUCCAAGAGCUUUGAAACGAAUCAAAAAUUUAAUAAAAGGUCGUACUGCUUACAUUGUCACAGGUGUUUCUCACAUUGAUGACCUUUACAUAUCUGAAUAUCUUGAUAUUCCCAUCUUUGGUUGUGAACCUGAAGCAUCAUAUUUAUAUUCAACAAAAUCAGGUUCAAAACGAAUAUUUGAAGCAAGUAAAGUUCCAGUACCAUUUGGUGAAUAUGAUAUUUAUAAUCAACAACAUUUAUUUGAAUCAUUAGCACAACUAAUUGUUGAACAUCUUGAUGUUCAACGAUGGUUAUUUAAAAUAGAUGAUGAUUUUGAUGGUUUAGGUAUAGCAUAUUGUGAUGUUGUUACUUAUCUUCCAUGUUAUAAAAAUGUUUUAAAAGAAGCAGCUAGAUUUGGUGAUAAAUGGUCAAAUAGAUGGGCACAAGAACAUUCAUAUGCAAAAAUUCUUUCCGAAUUACCUGAUGUUCUUGAACAACAUACUAUUUGUGUGAAUAAAGCUCAAUUUAAUAAUUGGCAAGAUUAUUUAAAAGUAUUUUUAGCUCAAGGUGGUAUUGUUGAAGCAUAUCCACCAUCAGAUUCAGUUACAUCAAUAACUGUUUGCCUCUCAAUUGAACCUGAUGGUCAUCAUACAAUAAUAUGUUCUGGUGAUCAUUUACAUGCUGAAUCACAAUUUUCUUGUUGGGGUUUAUCAUUUCCACAAUCAAGUGUUGAAUCACAUGAAUUAAAUCUUUAUUGUUCACAAAUUGUUGAACAAUGUAAACAAAGAAAUAUAUAUGGUUAUCUUGAUAUUGAUUUUGUUACAUUUAUUGAUGCUAAAACUGAUAAACAACAAGUAUGGACUAUUGAUUUAUCAAUUGGAUAUUCUGAACAUGUAUCACUUUAUCGUGUUAUGCGUUUUGUUACAACUGGUCAUUUUGAUCCACAAACACAUUUAUUUACAGCUAAAGUUAAACAAGCAAAACGAUUAAGAAAUUGGCAAGGUUCUGUUCCUGAAUAUAAUAUUGUGGAAAAAAAUCGUUAUGCUGUUUGGAGUUCACGUUUACAUCAUUCGAAUUUAUCAGUUCUUCAUUAUAGUGUCUUUUUUCAAAUGUGUCGUGCACAUGGUGUUGGUUUUGAUAUUCGUGAAAAACAAGGAAGUGUUUUUACAUUACUUGAAUGUGAUCGUCAUGAAAAUAUUGGUAUGAUUACCAUUGGUGAUACAUUACAAAAUACAUUAUCAAAUUUUGCUUAUAAUUUAAAUGCUAUUAAUCAAGAAAUUACAACAGCAAGUAUGAAAGGACGAAGUAAUUUUAUAUUAGCGAUAAAUGAUAUUGAAAAUAUACUUGGUAUUACUCAAGAGAAUGCUUCGAAUGUACCAACAGCAACUGCUACAUCUUAA